AUGUCAAGGCUCUUGCCUUGCUUUCCUUGCUUUGCGUUGAUGGGCUGCAUAUGGCCAGCGGAAGAGCAGAAGGAGAAGGUGGAGGAGAAGGUGGAGGAUGUUGCUCCGGUUUCAGAGGAAGAGGAGGGUGAGGAGGAAGACGAGUUAGAUGAAGACUGGGACGAGGCUGUACUGCUUUCUGUUGCCUUUGGGACUCAUGACCUGCGCAGGCAUCAGGCCGGCACUGGAAGCUUCACCACGCGAAGCUUGCCAGACAUGUGGAGUCAGUCGCCAACACGGCGAGUUGUUCGCUCUUUGGUUUCGGAUAUCCUGUGGAACAUGCUCUAUCGGACUGGCAAGCUCUCUGGUGCCAUCUUCCAGCUAGACGAGGACAACCUCGACGCUGUUGCGGCCACCGUGGCUGUUAGCACAGUGUGCCUCAUUGCAACGAUAUCGUCUUUCUGCCUCUAUCCCAAGAUUAGCUUCGACUGCCUGGAGCGAUUUUUCGUAUUCCAGGUCCUGGUCCUGAAUGGGAUGUUUAUGUUCCUCCCGCUCACCAUAGCUGAUGCCACGCAUCGAACAUUGAGCCUAACUUGGCACUCUGUUUGGUUCAAGCUUCUGGCUUUGACCGGGCGGCGAUUCUCUCGCUGCCUGUUGCUGCUGACAUGCUCUUGCUUGAUUGACGCAGCUACGCAGUUGGCGGGAGUUGUUCUUCUGGGCGGUCACCCUUAUACUGGGUCGCUAGUGUUUAUCCUCUUGGUGAGCGCCUACAUUGGCUUGAUGUGCUUUGUCAGCUGCGACCGCUUCUCCAGGUGCUCGAAGGUGCAAGCAAGCCAGCAGGAGCUCGUAGAGAAGAUCUUGACGGAGGCCUUUGACUCGUGGGCAUUCUUGGACCAGCGUAAGUCCAUCUCCAGAUGCCUUGCAGAUGCUCAGGGCACCCGAAGGAGCCGAGGAGAGGACCCUGUAUGUCAGCUGCUUGCAGCGUGUCUCGGGAGCAGCGACAUCGGGACACGUGACGUCCGACAGGCCUUCCGAUCGGUGGAUGCAGCUUCCGGCUUCAGGGUGGAGCAAGCUCGAGCCACCGUUUGCGAAGGAGGUGGAGAUGUGCCAGCAGAAUUCGUGAUUUUUCGCCUUGUUGGUGGCCAGAGCAGUUCAUGGUCUUGUUGCCCGACGCGCUCCAGCAACCGAUCGUCAAGUGACAUCCCACGUUAUGUUGUUGGUGUUCGCUCGGCUUUGAUGAGAUCCCGUAGUGUACCACAAGUGGUAGAGCACCCGCCUGCGGAUGACGCUCGAGCACCACAGGCGCGUGCCCGACAGAACGGGCGGUCACCAAACCAACUAUCCCCGCUUCCGGGUGUCAAUGACAACGACAGCCUCAUUCAAAGUGAUGACGUCCAGUCUGGUGGGUCGGACGAUGCCAGCGUCAUCUCUAAAGCUGCAAGGAGCCAGAUCCGGAUGGCAGGGCUGGAGAACAAGAGCAGCAGCAUCUUUGAUGUACCUCCACUGGAGCAGGAGUGUGACGGUCAGGGCAAGAGCUUUCGAGAGCUGGUGGACCUGGGACGGCGUGAGCACUGGAUCGUGGAUCCGCAGCAACUUUGUUUGUUCGAGAGCCACACUUUAGGCAGUGGAACCUUCGGCACUGUCCUCCAAGGCACCUUCUAUGGCGCUCAGGUUGCAAUCAAGAUGCCCAAGUCUGACAAGAAAGAGCAUUUGCCGCUGCUGAACGAGCUUCGCACGCUGCGUCGGCUACGCCACCCCAAUAUCGUCUUAUUCCUCGGUGCACACGUUGUGCCAUCCACCAAUGACAUGGCGUUGGUCUUCGAACUCAUCGAGGGUCAAACCCUGCAUGAUUGGAUAAAGGCUCAGCCACACCCGAUCGAAUGUGAUGCAGGAAAGCUGAACAUCCUGCAGGGCAUCUCCCUGGCACUUCGAUACCUCCAUCAGCAAGACAGAACCCUUGUACACGGUGACCUGAAGGGCUCCAACGUGUUUGUGGAGAAUGGUAACCUGCUAUUGCCAAAAGCCAAGCUGGGUGAUUUUGGCCUUGCGAGGUUCCUUUACAAGACAGAGCACACCAUGGGCGGAAGUUUGAGGUGGAUGGCGCCGGAGAUUGCAACUGGACUCAAUCGCUCGCCGUCAUGUGCAGCCGAUAUUUUUUCUUUAGGGGCCUUGUUCAGUUUCACUCUGACAGAUGUCAAGCCGUUCGACGGAAUGGACAGAUCAAAUAUCCUGAAGACGAUGAGAAAGUGCAUCCUGCCAAAGCUCACGUGGCCUCAGGAGAGCAGCGAGCUUUCCCGACUCCUCAAGAGCAUUGGCGACUCGUGCUAUUGCCUGAAUCCUGCUGACAGGCCUGACAUCAUGCAGGUUCUAGAAGUGCUGGAUGCGUGCGUGAUGAUGCAGAAUCGGCCAGCAGAGCUCAUGUGA